GCCGCCCAGGGUCUGCAGUCGGGGUGCGAGGACGGCAGAUUGCAAACUCGAGCCUGGCCCGCGCCAAAAAAAGCUCGUGAACACCGCAAUCCGGAUGGGAGGCCAUUUCAGCCUUGCCAAUAGGUUUUACUUGGAUUUCAUCGCAGUCCCCCAGUGCCCAGCGCGGUCUCUCCCAUCCCCUCGUACCCCAAGGCACUGGGAAUGACCUCCAGAUUUAGGUAAUUUCAUUCUCCCAAGAUGGGACAUAAAGUGAUCGUAUUUGACAUUUCUGUCAUCAGAAACUUAUGGGAAAGUCGUGUGAAGAAGCACAAAGCUUGGCAGAAGAAGGAGGCAGAAAGGCUCGAGAGAAGUGCAUUGGAAAAGAUAAAGGAGGAGUGGAACUUUGUGGCCGAGUGCAGGAGCAAAGGCAUCCCCCAAGCUGUGUACUGCAAGAAUGGUUUCAUAGACACCAGCGCGCGGCUUCUGGAAAGGAUCGAAAGGAAUUCUCUCACAAGGCAGAGUGACCUUUCCAAGGAGAGAGACAAAAGGAGGAGUGCAUUUGUGUUUGAACUUUCGGGAGAGUGCUGGAAGGAGUUCCCAGAUUCAUUGAAGGAGCAGACCCACCUGAAAGAAUGGCAUAUAAACAAUACUUUGAUUCAAUUCAUUCCUGCAUAUAUUGAGCUGUUUCAAGCAAUGAGAAUUCUGGAUCUGCCAAAAAACCAAAUCUUAAGUCUUCCAGCUGAAAUUGGUCGUUUGAAGAACCUUAAAGAACUCAAUGUGAGCUUCAACCAUCUGACAAGCAUUCCUCCAGAACUGGGAGACUGUGAAAAUCUGGAGAAACUGGAUUUUUCUGGGAAUCUAGAAUUAACUGAGCUCCCCUUCGAAUUAAGUAAUUUGAAGCGAGUUACAUUUGUAGAUAUCUCAGCAAACAAGUUUUCCAGUGUCCCGAUCUGUGUCCUGCGGAUGUCUAAUUUGCAGUGGUUGGAUGUCAGCAACAAUAGCCUGAAUGACCUGCCACAAGAUAUAGACAGACUAGAAGAACUGCAGAGCUUUCUCUUGUAUAAAAACAAGCUGACUUAUCUUCCUUACACCUUGCUCAACCUAAAGAAGCUCACCCUGUUAGUUGUCAGCGGGGACCAUUUGGUGGAGCUCCCAACUGCCCUCUGUGACUCGUCCACACCGUUGAAAUUUGUAAGCCUUAUGGACAAUCCUAUUGAUAAUACCCAGCGCCAAGAUGGUGAAAACAUGAUGGAAAGUGAACAGGAUCGCCAACAUUUUGAUAAAGAAUUUAUGAAAGCCUAUAUUGAAGAUCUAAAAGAAAGAGAAUCUGUUCCCAGCUAUACCACGAAAGUAUCUUUUAGCCUUCAACUUUAAUAUCAUCCAACAGAGGACUGCAAAAUCUAUCCUGUGGAGCCAUUAUGGGUCAUGUUACAUACAAGAAUGAUGGCUUGUGCCUAGAAAUCACUGUCAUAGUUGUUAGGAAAAAUGAUUUUCAAAUUUCAAAUAUAUAAAUACCUCCCUCCAUAGACUGGAGGGCUGAUAAAUGGGUUUAUAUAUUGAUAUUUUUAGGUUCAUUUGAACACGUGUUUCCAAAUACUGCACAUUUAAUAUUUUAGAAAAUAUAUUAUUUUUUAAAAUGAUAAUUUAGAGACCAAAUUUUGAAGUUGAUUGUGCUGUUUUCAGAAAUAAAAGGAUAAAGGGGGAUAUAAAAAGAGCAUUUAUAUUAGACUAGUCAAUGAGAGUUUUAUUUUGUUAAUUUUAAAGUGUUUAAUGCAUUAUUUUACUAAGAAUAAUUUUCCUUGAGUUUAUACAAACUGCUAUUUCUGUAGUUUUUAAGUUAUAUUUUGGCAAGCGUAGGCUCCCCUGAAGCCCUCAGGAGAGACUUUAGGAAUAAACCAGGCCUUGAAGGUGGUAAGAAGACUGGAAGUUCCGCCCGUGCAUUGGACACAGGACUCUUGGCUGGUGUGUUGUUAGCCCUGGUGGAGAAAGCGUGGGCCUGGCUGGUCACGGGAAGCCUUAAAUGGCCCGUGUGGGGGGUCGUCCCAUGCUGAGAGGUGCCUCAGGGGUCCUGGGACCCUCCCCAGAGCAAAGAGCAGCGAUGAUGCCCUCAGGGCUCCUCCAGAUUGCCCCUUUCCCGAGGUGGCCAUGUAGAGCGACCGGGGAUGCCUCGUCCCCACUGAUGGUGAGUCCUCCACCAGGCUUCCUCAUGGGUGCCACAGGAGAACUGUGCACAUGGCAGAGGUGAUGUGCUCCAGAGGAAGCCCACAGGCGUGUGUUUUACAUGGGCAAAGGCGGAUUCCUUCCAGGCCUUUGGACUCUUCCAUCACAGCGUAGGAUCCUGAUGAAUUAUACAAAUAUCCCUAUUUUCAUACCAUUGUCUUAGGCUAAAAUAAAUAGGAUUGUGACUGAUUGCCUGGAAGAGAAUCUUAAGCAAGUAGCAUUUUGUGAGUAAGACCGAAACUUGCAUACAGUCACAUGUAUUUGUAUUUGAUUGGACUUCUGUGUGGUCUACCCCAGGGCUGUCCAAUAGAACUUUCUGCAGUGAUGGAAAUGUUCUCCAUCUGUGCUGUCAAAUACAUGGGUUCUUGAGCACUUGAAUGGUGGCUAGCUUUACUGAAGAAGUAAAAUUUUAGUUUUAUUUAAUUUAAAUGUAAAUAACCACAUGUGGCUGCCAUAUUGGACAGUGUUGGACUUUUGAACAGUCAGCACCCUGCUUGCUGCACAAUACUGUUGGUCAGAAAGAGAGACACGUAUUCCCACCUCCAGGGAAGGGGUCUCCCUGCAUGGAGGGUACCAAGGGCAUAGCGAUACCUGCCACCUGUAACGGCAGUCCUAGGGUCCCAACACACUCAUGGUAUGCAGAUGUUGGGGUCGCUGGCAAAGGCAAGACUCACACAGGCACCGGAUGGAAAAGCAUUUUACUCACACAGAAAAGAGAGCAAGGCCAGCUCCACCAGUGGACACUGGUCCCCCUUGGCUCACACACACAGGUGCAAUAAAACGGACAUGGUUUAGCCAGACUGUCCAGUGUCUCCAGUGAAUGUUACAUAGGCUUGGGACGAUAGGGGAUGGAAUGUGCCGACACAUCUUUAUCUUCAGAGUGUGUGUGUUUGAUCUGUAGGCGCUCAUGUGAAGGGAGUUGGCUCACAUUCUUCAUCCCUUCCAGGACCCAGGCUAACACCAGGCUUAUUUGUGGGUCACAGGGAAAGGAGCGGGCUGGGUUUCCGCCGCACAGGCAGCACAAGUGUAGCCAGUUGCGUUUUUUUAGAGGUUAAGCUGGAGUGGACAUGAAGGGUGACUUUUAUUUGUUCUUGUCUGAAAAACCAGUCUGUCCUCAGAGGCAUGCACUUAUAAAAGGUUACUAUGAACAUCCCAGCAUUUUGUCUUGGGAGGGGGGUGCUUAGUCAUAAUUCCAAAGCUGUUAUCCUAGCAGAUGUAAAACAGGCAGAGCACUCUAUAAACCAUUGGUUUAUAGCAAUCGGUGGAAGAUUGCUUCAACUUAAAAACGAACUUGAGAAGUAGGUUAAGGGUUGAAAAGGGUAGGAAAAUACAAAAUCACUUUAAUUGAAUCUUAGCCAAUUGUGUUUUUUUAGCAACUUAAAAGAUGUAAUUAUAGUUAUUGAUUGUACUAUUUAAAUGAUUUUAGAAUUUUAUUUCAUGCCAAAGUAUAUAGUAUUUAUAGGCAAAUGGAAAAAUAUAUCUAAAAAUGGGGGAAAUGUGGGUUUUCACAUAAAUCAACUAUGCAUAAUUUAUUUAAGUUUUAUUUCAUUAUAAUUAGUCUUUUGUGCAAAAACCCUGUCUUGGUGUUGUUACAUACAAAUAACUGAAAAAGUAUUGCAUUAAUAUAUAAUUAAUUUCAUGUUACAUAAUACCCCCAAAUAUAUAUUUAAAAUAUGAUGUUUUUAGUGACACUAUUUUUAAUGUAUUCAUAUAGAUGUAAAAAUGAAUAAAGGUUCUAAAGGAGAAUGUGCUUCUUAGUGGAAAUAUCAUAUAGAUUUGAAAACUGUAAUUACAAGUUUUAUGUGAUAUAUAUGAAUUGACACAUAAUCUGGAAGAGUAAUUUACAUAAUAGGAUAUAUGUAUGAACAUUAAAGCAAUAUGAGUGAAAGAAUGCAACAUAAUUCUUAGAAGAAAAAUAAUGCUCUGGUCCCAAAAGCUUAUUACUGUACCCAUUUUUCAUAUCUUGGAGAAAAAGGAACAAGAACACAUAGGUGAAAUCAUAGAAUAAUGCCUUUUUUUUAAUUAAUAGAAAAUUAACACCAGAUUUCUUAAGUCCAGUUUUAAUUUUUUUUUAACCAGAAUCCACUUUAAUUUUU